ACCUCUCUGUCCUUUCAGCAGUUCUGCAAUGCUGUUCUGGGAUCGAAAGUUCUUUUUUUUUUUUAAUUCUAUAUCUGUCUCAAGCCUUGGAAGAGGUAUCUGGCUUUCACUUUGUCCCAUGUCACAAGCAAAGGUUACUCAGUAUCCCUGAAGAUGUUUCCAAAGACUUCAACUGCAAUCAGAUGCUAUUGAGACGGUUAAAGAAAUUCAAAAUGGAUUUGGAGCACAUCAAGGACCACUUUGAUAGGCUCAAAGUCAUGGAACAGCAUGCUGACAAGGACAACCUCGCUUGGCUCAAGGUCGUGGAACAACAUGCUGACAAGGAUAUCAAAAAUCUCUUGCGGCAGGUAGUGGGUACCCCAAUUACUGUAUUUACUGAUGAUUCCAGGUACUGGCAGCUUGUAGAGAUCCUUACAAGGCUCAAGAUUCGCAUGCCUUCCACCAGUUAUGGUGGUCUUUUACCUGGUUUGACAGAUCCUAAGCCUAGUAGGGGUCAUGAAUCUGAAAAUGAGCCCGGAAAAAUGGCAAGUGAAACCCCAGGCAUGAACAUGAACCCCUUCUUUGAGAGUCCUGCUGCUUUUAGACGGUUUACUGAAAGUUACGAGCUGCUUGACCCUUUACUUAAGAAAUGCUUACUGUGUUUCUCGGCAUUCCCAGAAAAUGCAGAGAUCAAUAAAAGGACAGUCAUCUAUUGGUGGAUUGGAGAGCAGCUGAUUAAUCCACCUGCUGGUGAUGAUUGUGAAAAGAAUGGGCAUGCAAUACUGAAUGUUCUAGUUGAGCAUGGCUUUCUUGAGGAUGUUACCACCAAGGGUAGGGUGACAAGUAGAUGCAGGAUUCGUCCUUUUAUCCGAUCAGUGUUAAUUUAUCUUGCUAAAGCAGCUAGUUUUAUUCAUUAUCUGGAUGAUAAGGAAUACACUGAUGAUGAUAAUCUCAUGUAUGGAGACAAGCGAAGGGUAUGUUUGGUAAAAGCACAAAAGUUUCUUCCUACCUCUUCUUCUUCCUCAUUGGUGCACCUGAGGAGAACCCGGGCUACAGACCUGGAGUGCAUAAAAACAUUGUUUAAUGUCAACAAGUGCUACCUGGAUAUAAAGCUUCAUUGGUUUUGGAAGAUGAAAAACAUUGAAGCCCUGUAUCUGGGGAGGUGUGACUCAAAGGCCAUCCAACACAUCGAAGUAAAGUCCUGUAAGUUUCUUGCAGGGUUGAUGUAUAUGAAGGAACUGAGGCUUCUGAGUUUUCAAGGGGUGUCAAAGAUUGUCAAACUCCCAGAUUCAAUUGGCAAUUGUAAGAAUCUAAGAAUUUUAGAUCUAAGAGACUGCAACGACAUGGAGGAACUCCCUGAAGCUGUCAAAUCACUUGAGAAACUCACACAUCUGGACUUAUCAGGGUGUUACUCUCUUGCCCGUUUGCCCAAAGGGAUAUCCUUCCUCUUAGAUCUUCGAGUCUUGAAAGGAUUUCUUGUUAGAGAGAAACACCAAGAUAAGAGAGGAGAUCUAUGCUCUUUUCAAGAUCUAAAGAAGCUGAAGAAGUUGAGGAAAUUGUGCAUCACAACAAGUUUAAGGACCUUCCCAGAAAAUGAACACCUUGAAGAUCUGAGUGAGAUGGGGGAGCUUCGGAAACUGACAAUUGUAUGGCAAGGGUUGUACAGGGAAGAAACUGCCGAACAGACCGGUUCUCCUCUUCCUGAUAAAUUCUCCAUGGACGGGCUACAGAAGCUUGACCUCCAACAUAUCCCUUGCAGUAAAGCACCGUCAUGGUUGGCUCCUGAUAAGUUGCCAAAUCUGAUAAACCUUUACAUUAAGGGAGGUAAAUACCUAUGUACUUUGGGCGAAAACCAAAUUUCAGGAUGGAAAGUAGAAACAUUGCGGUUGUUGCACUUGCGUAGACUGAGCAUGAAAUGGAUCUUACUACAAACCUUUUUUCCAAAUCUUAGAUUUUUGGAACAAGUUGAAUGCCCACAUCUUACCUCUAUCCCAUGUAAUAAUGAGGGAGUGUGGAAAAAACCCUAAUAGGAGCUCCAUCUUUUCUUCUUUGUUUUUAGCUUUUGGGUUUCAGUAAAAUACAUUGAAUAGCUUGUUUAA